CCGGUCUGUAUGCUCGUGCUGAGGCUGAUUGAACGCGAUUUUCUCCAUACGGGUUCGCGACACAAACUGAGAAUAAAAUGGCACGUGGCCGGUGGCAGGCAAGAACCGCGGUUAGAGUGACAUAAAAUCGAUCGCAGACGGCAGUGCGAGGAUGGGGCAGCACUCGCUCUUAAAAAGUUACGUUGCAGUGCACUAGAUUAGUAACAAAACAAAACAAAAAAAGCUUCUAACAUGCCACGGUCGCCAGCUAGCCGGGGACGACGCUAAGGUAUUUUUUUUGUCGGUUGAUAAAUAAACAAAAUAACUUGGGGGAUGGAUGCUGUGUCCGGCAAUAAGAUCCUGAAACAGCGGCGUAACUACCUCACCCGUAGCGCUUCCAAAACGAAAUGUUACAACAACAGAACCCACAAAAAUAACCGAUUGGGCAGGCUCGUCUCCAUGAGGAGCUCGUACAGGCAAGGCCUGAACGGCGUUAACAAAAAUAACAACCACAAGAACGGCCCGGCCGACAUCGGCCUCCUCAUCAACAACAACAUCAACAGCCGAGGGGACGCGACCCGUCUGACCGAUGUCUGCUUAGGAGAAUUUACCAGGGAGGUGUAUAAUGCGAUUUGCGUUAGGUUAGGGGAUACUCUACACAUUCCGGAAGAUUCUGUGCAGGCCUUGUUCAAUGAUAUGCACCUGUUUCCGUCCAAAUCACAAGUAUCAAAAAUGCUUCAGUGUGCAAGGCAGUGCGGUAGAAGAAAUGGGGCCACGGACUACAUCACUUUUGGAGAGUUUUGCGUUUUCGUCAGAGAAAUGCAAAACCAGAGCCCUAGGCAGCAGAGGAAGACGUCCCUAUCGAAAGCCAACAACAAAUGCCUGAACAAAUGUGAUGUAUUCCUGGGGGGCUCUUGUAAUCCAACGACAUGGCGUACCGACACUGCAAUUCCUGAGCUGCAAAAACACGGGAUAUCGUUCUACAAUCCACAAGUAUCCAUCUGGGCCCCAGAGCUGGUGGCGCAGGAGCACGACGCCAAACAGGCCGCCUCGGUGCUACUCUUCGUGAUAGACAGCCAGACCAGGAGUACCGUGGGGAUGAUCGAAGUGGCGUACCUCAUAGCCUCAGGGCGGUGCGUCGUUGUCGUAGCUCAGCCGUACAAGCAGGGCCAGGCCAUAAUGGGCGAAACCAUCACAGAUAAGGAAUACAGGGACCUUGUCAACAGUCAGAAGAGCCUGCUGGAUCUGGUGAAGAGCAAGGGCGUUAAGAUUCACACGAGUUUAGCGACGGCUCUGCAGUGCACCGCGAAUAUUUUGAGGAAUACUUCCAACAGCGGUACGAGUGCGGAGGAACAGAUUACUUAUAAGCUCAGGAAACUGAGAGAAGUUUAUGACUCCUAUGGAGGCGAAAUGAAGCUUUACAAUGUGCUGGAAGCGUACGAGAAACUGACGAACAGGUCCCUGGAAAUCAGCAGGCUGUACAACUACCUCAAUCCACAGAACGGAAACAUCACAAAUUCCACGAUAAGUUUCGAGAGGUUCUGCGCCCUCAUGGCGGAAUUCUCGUCCGCCGACGGAUGUAACAUGUGCUCCAGCGACGUCUGGGCGACGCAGCCCUUCCAGCGCCAGUGCUCGACGAACAACAACACCUGCAACCUCACCAACUCCCACAUAACGUGCCUGAUCGAGCCGCCCUCCCCUCCGCCCGACAACGGCUCGAUACACACGGUGGACAUCUUCCUGGGCGGCUCCAUGUCAUCGGACAUAACGUGGCGACGGGACAUCGCCAUCCCCCUGAUAAAGAAGCACGGCCUGAUCUAUUACAACCCCGCCAUCAGGGAGGACGACGACGCUAGUGAUAAGUUCGUUUACGACAACGUGACGACCCCCCAUCCGGACGUUCUGGAGUGGAAGAAGGUGAUGGACAGGAGCAGGGUGUUGCUGUUCGUGAUCACGGACAACACCAGGGCGAUGACGAGCAUGAUCCUCGCGGCGCACUACAUCGGCCAGGGCAGGGAGGUGGUGCUGUGCGUCCAGAACUUGCCCAUGGAGGGAUGCGUCAUCGGCAAUGAAACGUUGACCAAGAACGCCAUCAAGGACUACAACAGGGCCAGGGUUUACAUCACGGAUCUCGCCAGGCGGAAGCAGGUGCCGGUGUUCGACAACAUCACGGAGGCCGUCGAGUGCGCGGUGGAGAGGUGCAAGGGCAGGUAGGAGGAGACGGGGGAGAGUACCGAGUGGCCGUUCCAUUGUCUCAGUUUCGACGAGUAAGUUGAAAUUUUCGUUUUCGUGACUUUUCCUCUGCUCUCUGUCUCUCUCGACGCCCGGCAACCGAGGCAGCUCUCUUGAAGUGAGAAAAAUUCAGCGUUUGAAGAGAAAUUCCAAGGAGAAUACGCUUUUUUCAAUUUUAAUUAUUUAUUCGAGUGUUUUAUCAAUAUUUUUGUCACGAGUCGGACUAUUUUGUAUGAUCGGUUAUUUUUGUGCGAGAAACUACUAAAACCAGAAACCAUUUUUUUAGAUGAAUGUGGAAAAUUUAACUUUUAUUAAUUGAAUUACCUAAUAUUAGUUGUUAAAUCUAGUAUCGUUAGUAUACAUCUUUGUGAUUUUUUUACAUAUUUUUCUGUCAACAGCUAUACUUUUGUAAAAAAAAAAAUGAAAUGAACCGUAGCAAUUGUAGGAAUCGUCGUCGGGGAUAGUUUGUUAUUAUUUUUAUGUUUGUUUAAGUCGAGUUCCUCUAAUACUGUAAAUAACGGCUGCUACUUACUUAAAUGAUGUUUUUUUUCCAAGUAUAGUUGUACCUUCGUGUUGAUUGUUAUUAUAUUCAAGGAACAUCACUCUUUCGUCACGUUUUUUCUUUGUUGUUUGUAGAUUUACGGGAAACUUUAUAUAUAUCCAAAAGUGAAACGAUGUAGAGUACUUUAUUAUUAUAUACAAGCGUUUUUAAUUCAUUAAUAUGUUUAAAAUAUUGUUGAAUGUGCAAUUUUUUUAAAUAUUGUUUGUGCUGGUAUCUUUCACCGAUAAUGUACUUAAGGGAGGGCUCGCGCCCUCCCGUUCGUGUACAUAACUGCAUUUAAACGAGCACGUAACGUGGGCUGGGACGCGGCGUAACCUCAAAGUUGCGGUUUGGUUCGUCUUUUAUCCUGUUUGGAUCGUAAUAAUUGUAACCUCUUUAUUUUUUUCUAAAUAUCGUGGAGGAUUUUUUCUUCUCAAUUCGUAUGUUAAUCGUGCCGCCAAAUUGUUAAAAUUGAUUGAUACAAAUCAGCAUUUUGGUUUUAUUAAAGUCGCUGAUUACGAAUUAACCACAUUUUAAUUGUAAAUUUGCAGUUGCAACCGUCGAUUUGCAGAAAAUUGGAAUAUUUGACACAUGGUCAAUAGUUGGCAAUUGUAGAUCGAUAACCGCAAUUAUUAAGAGGGCUCUAUUGCAAAUAGCCAACCAGCGAUACAUUUUCAUAGAUUUUAUUCCACGGUUUGUCUGAAUAUGGAUCAAUGCACAAAUAACAGACUUUCCUCCAUUCUAACGCAGAUUUUCUAUAAAAUGGAGAUAGUUUGAAACUCAAAUCAC